CUCACCUUUCCACUUCUUCACCCUGGCUAUGUAGUGCCUUCUCCCUCCCAACUUCUCUUACCUCCUCCUUCCUUCACCUCUCCCACACACUCUUCCUGGUCUCUCCCUUUAUGGAUAGAGGGCACUUUAUCCCACUGGAGACUGAUCUUACGUCUGGGACCUGUCAUUCAGCGGCAGAUCAAAGGACACUUUGUACCAGAGCACAUUCCUGCACUGUAAGACCUUUAUAACUUAAUUCAUAGCAUUGCUACAUCUCAUCCUUAUGAAGGAGAUCCUAUCCCAUUGUGUGUGUGUGUGUGCUGCACUUUUUUUUAUGUGAUAUUUUAUAGCAUUCCUUUUUGGUGAAACAUUCCAUUGUGCCAGAAAUACAGGAUCUGCAAGGAGAACAUACGCUUCAUCAGAGUUCUAAGAAACGUCCUCCUCUUCAUGGACCUCACCUGUUAAGAGACUCCCGCAUUCCCAGAGGCAUUGUAGUCUUACAAGUCACACACCUGGGAAUGACAGGGAGAGAGUGGAAUCCGAGAGGGAACCAAGUACAGCCUGGGUGUGACAGUCACUGUUCCUGCAGGCAGGGUGCAUCUGUGUGUCACAUUGCUGUCCUGCGGUGUUCUGCCUAGUUGUGUACUGACUGGAAGUGCAGCUUGUCUUCUACAUCUCAACUAGAGUCGUGGUGUCGCUGAGAUAGCAGCGGUGUCGCCGGGACCAUGGCGGAGCAAGAGGGGCUGCAGUACGGGAAAGCGGACUUUGUCCUCAUGGACUCCGUUACGUUACCAGAAUUUAUGGCCAAUUUAAAACUCAGGUUUGAUAAGGGGAGAAUCUACACAUUUAUUGGGGAAGUGGUGGUCUCGGUGAACCCCUACAAAAGCCUUCCAAUCUACGGGAAAGAUGUGAUAGAACAGUAUAAAGGGAGGGAGCUCUAUGAGAGACCCCCGCACCUCUUCUCCAUCGCUGAUGCUGCGUACAGGGCCAUGAAGAGACGAUGUAAAGACACCUGUAUAGUAAUAUCAGGGGAGAGUGGUGCCGGUAAGACGGAAGCCAGUAAAUAUAUUAUGCAGUACAUAGCUGCCAUCACCAAUCCCAGCCAGAGGGCCGAGGUUGAGAGGGUGAAGAACAUGCUGCUCAAAUCUAACUGUGUCUUAGAAGCCUUUGGCAACGCCAAGACUACUAGAAACGACAACUCCAGCCGGUUUGGAAAGUACAUGGACAUUAACUUUGACUUCAAGGGGGAUCCAAUUGGUGGUCACAUAAAUAACUACUUAUUGGAGAAGUCCCGUGUCAUCAUCCAGCAGCUGGGGGAGAGAAACUUCCACUCCUUUUAUCAGUUAAUCUUGGGAGCACCAGAGCAGACACUGCGUUCCCUUCACCUCCAGAAGGAUCUCUCUUCCUACGCUUACACCCGCAGCUUGGCAGGUGUCAAGUCCUCCAUUAAUGAUGCAGCCGAGCUCAAAGAAGUUUCAGAGGCGAUGAAAGUGAUUGGAUUUAAACCGGAGGAGAUCCAGACUGUCCAUAAAAUCCUGGCUACUAUUCUACAUCUGGGUAAUCUGAAGUUUGGUGUGGAUGGAGAUAUCCCGGUCAUUGAGAACAGUAAAGUUGUCUCUGUAGUGGCGGACUUGCUGGGCUGUAAAGCUGAUCUUCUAGAGAAGUCUUUGCUCUUCAGGACUGUGGCUACCGGCAGAGACGUUAUAGACAAGCAGCACACGGAGCAGGAGGCCAGCUAUGGCCGAGAUGCAUUCGCUAAGGCCAUUUAUGAACGCCUGUUCUGCUGGAUCGUCAGUCGCAUCAACGACGUGAUUGAUGUGGAAAAACAAGACGCGGCUCUUCACGGGAAAAACACAGUGAUAGGUGUGCUGGACAUAUACGGGUUUGAGAUCUUUGACAAUAACAGCUUUGAACAGUUCUGCAUUAAUUACUGUAAUGAAAAACUACAGCAGCUGUUCAUCCAGCUUGUUCUGACGCAGGAGCAGGAGGAAUAUAAGAGAGAAGGGAUUCCCUGGAAACAUAUAGAUUAUUUCAACAACCAGAUCAUUGUGGACCUGGUGGAGCAGCAACAUCGUGGUAUCAUCGCCUUGUUGGAUGACGCUUGUAUGAACGUGGGGAAAGUGACAGACGCCAUGUUUCUGGAAGCACUAAAUAAGCAGCUGGGGAAGCAUGCCCACUACACCAGCAGGAAGGUCACCCCAACAGAUAAAGCUCUAGAAUAUGACCGAGAUUUCCGAGUCCGUCACUACGCUGGAGAUGUAGUUUACUCGGUGGUGGGAUUUAUUGAUAAGAACAAAGACACAUUGUUCCAGGACUUCAAGAGACUUAUGUAUAACAGCUCCAACCCAGUGCUGAAGAACAUGUGGCCUGAGGGAAAACUGAGCAUCACAGAAGUCACCAAACGCCCCCCGACAGCUGCCACCCUCUUCAAGAACUCCAUGAUUGCCCUGGUGGAUAACCUGGCAUCUAAGGAGCCUUACUAUGUUCGCUGCGUAAAGCCAAACGAAAAGAAGUCACCAUCUUUGUUUGAUGAAGAGCGCUGCCGCCACCAGGUGGAGUAUUUGGGUUUACUGGAGAACGUUCGUGUCCGGCGAGCUGGUUUCGCAUAUCGGCAGGUGUAUGACCGAUUUCUCCAUAGGUACAAGAUGAUCUCCCGGCUAACCUGGCCUAACCAUGACAUGUCUUCAGACAAAGCUGCUGUGCAGAAACUCCUGGAGGAAUGUGGAUAUCACAAUGACGCUGCCUAUGGUAAAACCAAGGUUUUUAUUCGUACCCCGCGUACCCUGUUCUCCCUGGAAGAGAAGCGGAGCGAGAUGCUGAUCAGGAUCAUUCUCUUUUUACAGAAGCUGUGGAGGGGAACACUGGCUCGCUGGCAAUAUAAGAAAACCAAAGCAGCCGUCAAAAUAAUACGGUACUACAGGCGCUACAAAGUGAAGUCCUACAUCCAGGAGGUGGUCCGCAGGUUUAAUGGCGUAAGGAACAGCAGGGAUUAUGGGAAGAAUGUCAAAUGGCCUACACCUCCAAAGGUCCUUCGUUCCUUCCAAGAAUUCCUGCAAAGAGCCUUCCACAGGUGGAGGGCGUACCAUCUUCUAAAAAACAUACCUCCUGCUGACAUACCAAAAAUCAAGGCCAAAGUGUCUGCAUUUGAGAACCUCAAAGGUCAGCGCGCUGACUUAGGCCUACAGAGACGCUGGGAAGGCAGCUACCUUGCAUUGAAACAGGAAAACAGCCAAGACUCAGAGGUGUUUGUAUCACGUGCCAAUGAGCUGCAGAGGAAAGACAAGUUCAUGCAGCCUCUCUUCUCCUGUCAUGUACGCAAGGUGAACCGAUUUAACAAGGUAGAAGAUCGUUCCAUCUUUAUAACAGACAGACAUCUGUAUAAAAUGGAUCCUGGCAAGCAGUAUAAAGUCAUGAGUAGCACUCCACUUUAUAAUGUGUCCGGCAUCAGUGUGACUAAUGGGAAAGACCAGCUGGUCAUUUUUCAUACCAAGGACCAGAAAGACCUUAUCGUGUGUAUGAAGUUUACUGGACAAUCUGCCCAGGAUAGCCAUGUGGGAGAAGUUGUUGGAGUCCUGGCCAAUCACUUUAAGAGUGAGAAGAGGCCCCUCCAGAUUACCGUUGGGCACCCAGUUCAGUGUACCCAACAUGGCAAAUCCUGUGCCGUCACUGUGGAAACCAAAAUCAACCAAUCACAGCCUCACUUCAACAAGAACCGUUCUGGCUUUACCCUGAGUGUGCCAGCCAACUAACGUGCAUGUGCCUAAACCAUACGAUGAUACCGAGUAUCUUUGUAUACCGAUGCCUUAUACAGCCGAUGAUACCUUGGAUUGUUAUUGCGGGGACCGGUUCCCCCAGAAUGUCUCGACAGUCCCUGAACCUCAUUUAAACUAUACAGCAAUUACUGCUCCAUUUUAACCGCGGCUCUCCAGCCUUUAACUGCCUAUCUUUUAGAUUCCUCCAUAUAAUUGUCUUAUUUUCGAUUUGACAAGAUCUACUUUUCAAAGGAUAAUUAAAAAAAUUUAUCUAGAUUCAUAAA